AAACAUCUGUGAGUAGAGCUUAGACAAGACGUUUGACAAAAUGUAUAGGCUUGCAUUUCAUCUGUGUGUGUUUAUUUUCGCUGCAGCAGCCGUUGCAAGCCAGAAGACCUGUCCAUCAGGAGUGCCAGGGCCACCUUGUGACAAGAAGCCCUGCAAAAAACAUGGGUACACAUGUAUUGAAAAAACGUGCUGUCGAGAUGUCCAGUGUCCGUUUGGAGGCGAAAAUGGGAGAUGUUCAAAUGGGAAGUGCAGAUCGGGAUACUUUUGCAACAAAGGGACCUGUUGUCUAGAAAACUCUUGUCCUGUAUUCCCCGCUGUGGUAGAUCCUGGCUGUUCAACAACUACAAUACCGGAUAAAUGCAAAAAUGAUAAAGAUUGUAAGAAAGGUGAACUGUGUUGUCGCACAAAUUGUGGCAACAUGUACUGCAAAGGAGCACAGGGAAACUAAAUGCAGAGCCGUAUUGAAUACUUCUGCCAAAUGAAGACACAUACACCAAGCUAUAUUUAUGAACCCGUACAUAAAGUAAAAUUAAAUAAAAAACAUCAUAAUACAUUUUUGUUUUGAGUUUUAUAUGUCAUAAAAUGUACGUUAUAUUUUAAUAAAUUUAUUUAGAAUUGCAUGUACACGAUAAAAGUUCAACACUUUUUUCACUGAUGUUUGCAAUAAGAAUUUAAAUAAACAUAUAAAC